AUGCCCGACUUUGAAUAUUUUCCUCUGGAUCAAGGUCCUUUCAGCACUCGCAUACUUCGUCUGCUCCCAAGCAAGGACAGAGCUGCUCCGAUCAAAUGCCAGCUUUUCAGUUACUCUCUCCAGAACAAUAUUGCCCAAGAGUACGACGCCCUCUCAUACGUGUGGGGAGAUCAGACAGACGGGCAGAGCACCAUCUCCAUCAACAAUCAGGCUUUUUCAGGCGGAAAGAAUUUACACUCCGCCCUCCUUAGGCUUCGAGGCUUUGAGUUUGAACGGACAUUAUGGGUCGACGCAAUUUGCAUCGACCAGAACAACAUGAGGGAGAAAGAGAAGCAAAUUCAAAUCAUGGCGCGCAUAUAUGAACAAGCUAGCCAGGUGAUGGUGUGGUCGGGCGAGGAGGCGGAUAAUAGUACUCAGGCUUUAGAAUCCAUUCGUGCCGCGGCAGAGGCAGGAUUUGCUGAAGAGCAAUUUCAUAUGUCAUCAGAAAGCAUCCCCAUUGAGGGAGUCGAAAGUCUAUUCCAGCGGACAUGGUUUUAUCGCAUGUGGGUAAGUAGUAUUACCACGCUAUGA